GUAGUAUAACAUACCAUGAAUGACAAUAAUGGUUUGUGUGUAAAAACAGAGGAAAUAUCUAGACUCGCCAUGGAAGAAGUACACGAAGUUAUGAUUAAAGAAGAAGCUGCUGCUUACCCUGCUACCAAUGUUCACAAAACAAGCAAGUUUCAUGAAAGUUCUUUACAUGACAUUGAAAACCAGAUCAUACCAUGCAACUGGACAAAAACAGGAAAGAUCAAACCUACUAUUCAGACAGAUUUAGGUAUAUCACCAAGCCAGAAUCAUAGUUUCAGUUUAAUGGAGACCUUACAAAGCCGGUAUAUUACAAAGGGAGGAUACUUCCAGCACAUCUUCGUGUUUUCUGAGAUCCAGUCGGUGUCAAGCUCCAUAUGUUUUGGUGUGCUAAAUAUCAGGAAUGAAGACCAGCUUCUAAGCAUCAAUGACGAGGAUGUAACACUGAUGACGCAUAAUGAAGUUACAGUUCUUUUAAACAGUCAACCUAUCAAUAUAAAUCAAAACAUAACAAUGAAUUAUUUGAGACCAAGCACAGAAAAUAUCACGGAAAAUUUUUUUACUUUACAUCAACCAUUAGGUUCAUCAGUAGCAGCAAAACUUAAUCAUGAGACGUCUACACCAUCACGUCACUGGAAAGCACAGCGUAAGGUUACCCUUAUGAAGAGGGGCACAAAUAAAUUCCUGCAACGACUAAAAAACGAUCACGUCGGUUUUGAAGAACUCAUCUCGUCAAAGUUAGGAAUAAACGUUGGAGGUUUUCAUCAAUGUCAUUUCAUUGAAGAAAGAGAGCUGAAUUCAGACAAUACGGGGUUCAUAAGGUGGUAUCUUGACGAACAGCGUAAACAAUAUCUGUAUGUAACAAAGGACGGUAAUAUAACACUGCAAGCCAAUACAAGUACUGCUUUUAAAAUAAAGAGUUCCAGUCAUGGAGCGUUUGUCAUACUAGAAGAGGUGGAUACAUCAAAAUUACUCAGUCUUCACGAUAUUACUGCACAAUUUAUCAAGUUCAAAAGUAACCCUGUUGACAAGGACAGCAUUGAUCACAUUCCAGAAAAAUUUCGAUUCGAUCUUGAUAAGAUACGAUGUUAAAAAUGAUAAAAUAUUGGAUAGGUGACCAUAAUUUGUCAAAUCUUGAUGAAUGACAGAAGACUGUUUUUUGUUAUAUUGUGGUCAUAUAUGAGAAAUAAAUCUAGACGGACAACUCACUAAUCUUUUAUAAAAGAAAACGAAUGGUUCGCCAUUAAUAUUUUGAAAUCCGUGCGUUAUCACCAAAAUCGUCAGGCAGCUGUGCAGAACGUAAUGAAGCUGCCAAAGAAAUGUAAGGACUAUGAUUAGGAUAUCGGUAUUUACCAUGCAAAAUUUAGAAUAUAGCUCACCGAUUUCUCGUUACGACUGCUCGCAUCACAUACACAUUUGUUUUCAACUGUUCCUGGACCAUUAGCUGAUACACCGUGGUUUUCCAGUAUUUAUGUCAGUGACUUAAGGGCAUACGAUGAAGUUACAGGGGAGAUAACGACGUUGCUUAUGUAAAAUGUUAUUUUUCACGACGUUGAACUGUGAAAUAUCGGGAAAAGAUGCAUUUUUCGACUGAUUUUAAGCAUUAGCUCGAAAACGAGUACAUCAACCCCUCUCUUUAAAAAUGACAUUUUGAUUGAUUAUGUAUGAAGAUUAGUUGUACCAAUCUUUAUGAAAAAAUCGCCGAUGAUUUUUUUUUUAAAUUAGAUAAAUAUACAGCAAAAUAUCCCGUUUUUUUUAAAUCAUAAACAUUUAAUAAAAAUGAAUUAUUUCAAAAGAGUUGAUACACAAAAUUAAAACAUACUUUUGUAAAGAUUAUAUUUCAAAUCCUUUUACAAAAAACCGCUUGUGUUUAUCUUUUUAAACAAAACAGUUAGGUAUGUCCGUCCAAAGGAUAUAUAUGUCCAAGAAACUGAAAUUUUGAGUAAAUGUCAAAAACUUCGAUCCCAUUUAUCUCUAAAGUAGCACAUGAAAGUAUAUUUUUUAUUACAUAUUUGAAUUGCCAAUGUGAAAAAUAGUUGGUAUACAAAUUUUCGACAAAAAUUCACCGUGGGAUCGAAACUGUAUAGUAUGCCCUUAAGACAUCAGCUUUGUGGUUGUAUAUUAAUCAGUUUCCUUUACGUCGAUCUUGUAGAUCAGAUGUUUUAGAACCUUUUGAACAAGACAUAACACUUAUUAUCUUUGUUUUCAUAUUCAUUUGAAUGAGUCUUUAGAUUGUAUUAUAAUGAAUAUGCUAUCGUCUCUGAACUUAUGAGAAUACUUUUCAAACUAUUUUGUAGUUUCAUUUAAUAAAAUAAAAAUAUUUUGUAUCUAAACCUAACCAGCAGAAGUGUACUAAGGAAAUAAAAAGGCUUUAUAAAUAUAUGCCUGUUUUUACUUACGUGUUUUGAAUACAUGGUACGUUGAUACUGUGUACAUAAACACUGUUCCAACGUUUUUCAACGUUUUUACGACAAAUUAUGACAUUAUUAAGAAAUUAAAGUUUUAAUUCCAACAGGCAAAGUUCACCGAAAAUGAAUUUAGCUACUUUAUAGGUUCCAUUUUGGUUAUAUUUUUAUGUAUGUUUGGUCUUUCACGUCCAUGGCUUUAAACGUUUGUGUUUGAGAGUUACUAAAAAGAUAAACCCAGAAAAGUUCUUCGGACACAAGAAAUUAAUCAAGUGUUCUUUUUAUUCGCUUCAAUUCAAUUGAUGCCCUCUAUGUAUUUGGUCUUGAAUUUUGAACUUUUUUGAACAUGUUUAAUUUACUUCCUACAGGUUCGACUUCACUUCCGUUGUUUUUAUCUAUAUUGGCCUUUUCUGCCUAUUCUGAUCACCUUUUAAUAUGGGAUAAGCGUUGUCUGCUUCCCUUCUUUAAUUGGUUGCUGUAUCAAAGGCGAAGUAUACUCAUCUCAUUUUAUUCGAUAUUAUAUGACCCCAGUACGGUUGACCUUAUUUUAAUGUAUUUCCCUAUCUUACUCCUAUCAUUGUAUCUGGAUUUGAUAUUUUUUUUUAUUUAAGACAUUGUAAUACCUGUUUAUACUGUAGCAUCAGAAUCAUUUUAUACGAUGAUUUUAUAAUACACAGUCAAUAAAUUAUCUCAUCCUAACUUCUGUUGUUUGACCCUUUUCACAGGGAAGAUGAAUAAUCUUUCAUUUAAGAAUAAAAUGGUUACCACUUUUUA